UUAGAAUUAAUUUGAUUUUUUUUUUAAAGAAAAAAAAUGACUUUUAGUAGUCUCUCAAACGUAGAUUAUAUAAUUAUAAUAUUCUUUCUAAUCAUAACGUGCACCAUUGGAAUAUACUACGCCUGGAAAGAUCGUCAUUCCUCGAAGUCGGAUAAUGCUUUUGUUGGGAAUAGGAAAUUCAAAAUGCUUCCCAUAGCAUGUUCUUUGCUAGCCACCCAAAUAUCCGCUAUCUUGAUUCUGGGUAUGCCAGCCGAAUUUUAUACCAGGGGCGCUCAAUACUGGGUAUACAUAGUGGCUCAAUGGGUCGGGGUCAUUGUGGCUACAUACACAUUUAUCCCGGUGUUUUGCAAUGUCGGAUCGGCUUCUUCCUUCAACUAUAUUCAACAAAGAUUCCAUUCUACCGGUCUGAGAACCUAUUGCGCUCUGACCUUCGUUUUAACUCAACUUUUAUACGCGUCCGUCGUCCUCUUCGCGCCGUGCCUUGCCAUUUCUCUAAUGGUUCCGAUUUCAAUCCAUAAGCUGCUCUUGAUAAUAGGAGGAAUUUGCACCUUUUACACGGCCAUAGGAGGUUUUAAGACUGUGAUAGUAACGGACCUAUUCCAAUUUUUCGUCAUUUUUGGGACUAUCAUUGGACUCAUGAUCAAAGGGAUUUACGACAUUGGAAGUUUCAAGAAGGUGUAUGGCGUAGCUGGGGAACUCGGCCGAUUGGGCUCUAGCUUUGACUUCGAUCCUAAUCCCACCAAGUACCAAACGGUUUGGACCGUUUUUUUCGGAAUAUUUUUCUUAACACUCCGUUCCUACGGCGUAUACCAACCAUCCGUCCAAAGAUAUGUUUCCAUGCCGAACUAUACACGGGCAAAGAAGACUAGUUGGAUAGUUUUACCCAUGCAAUUUGUACUCAUCUUCAUUCUGAGCACCCUUGGUUCGGUCAUGCUGGCCGCUUACAAAUAUUGCGACCCUCUAACCCUCAAAAUCAUAACUAAAAAGGAUAUGCUCCUACCCGUAUUUGCUAUGCAAUCGUUUGAGAAGAUUAAAGGGUUAAAUGGUUUAUUCUUGGCUUGCUUAUUCAGUGGAGCUUUAAGCACUCUAUCCUCGAGUUUCAAUUCUCUGGCUGCCGUCACGUGGGAAGAUUUUAUGAUUCCCAUCUUCCCUAAACUAGCUACCGAUAUAAUGAAAAAGAAAGGGCUACCAUCGUUAAUUCCCGCGUUUUUUGCGAUGACCUACGGAUUGGUUGUUAUCGGAAUAUCGUUUCUGGCGCAAAAUGUCGAAGGAAUCCUUAACGCUGCUCUUUUUGCUAUGAGUGUGUUCGGGGGUCAAGCAUUAGCUGUAUUCUUCCUUGGGAUGUUUGUUAGAUCCGCCAAUUACAAGGGGGUUAUAACGGGUAAAAUUAUGGCCGAUCUAAUGUGCGUUCUCAUAACUCUCGGUUUUUCGAAGCACGCUAAGCACAUAGUUACUCCAUAUUUACCUAUAAAUACAACUACAUUUCCACCAUCGUUCAAUGGUUUAAACUAUAGUUUAAGCAAUCUGAGUCUUAUAAAUGAAUCAAAUCAUCUAUUCAACCUAUCCGACGCACCUUAUUGCCGCGCAUUUUUUGAAGAUGGACCAUUUCGAAUGCGUUACAAUCGUGUCAAAACGGGUUUCAAUGGAACCGAUAGUUUAGAUGGCGCGAUUUCUAACCAGUCAAGUUAUUCAGCAGCUAACGCUAUAAAUUCGGAUACUAGCGAGAGGUACAAAACUCCCAUAGGUGAUGGCCUAGGAAAAUAUAUAUUAUUUAAAAUAUAUUCGAUAUCCUUCAUGCUGUUGACACCUCUCGGCUUCUUGAUAUGCACUCUGAUCGGAAUACUUGUCAGUAAAAUUACGGGUGGAGUAAAAAAUGAUCUAAAAUACGACCAUUACAAGUUGCUGCAUCCGUGGUUACUCCCAAAGAAUCGAAUAUUUGUGAAUGGAUAAUCUAUUUGAACAUUUUAUAUUCAUUUUUUUUUAUAAAGAUAAGAAUAUCUCCACACAAAAUAUAUUUAUAUCAUUUUGAUUAUCAAAUUCAUUGUUUUUCAUGAAAAAUUUCUCACUUGCCCAAACAUAACUUUAUUUUCGCACCAUUGUAAA